AUGAGAUCUCUUCAGGACUUGGAGUCUACUUUGCAUGAAGGACAUAUUGUCUCAAUGCCUGAGCUGCAUCUGCUCCUGCGGCGUGUCAUUGUAUCUCCGGUUUCCAGCAACCUUGUCUUGUUUCUUCAAGAUUCGCUUAGUGUGGAUGACUUCACACGUUACGCCAACUCCUCUGGAAAUGAGACACCAUUUCACAAUGUUCAGGAGUUUCUCAAGAUGUCACCGUCUUCUUUAGUUUUGCCAGCCGUUGACUGUCAUGCUAUCAGUCAUCUUUCAGACUACUUGCAGGAAACCUUGAACUCGACCGUAGUAAAUGUGGAUGGCCCUGAUAUAGCACAGUGGAUGGUGAAUGUACCCAGCAGACCCAGCCUGUUUGUGAUAAACCUACAGCCAAUCAGGAGAAUAAAUGAACUUUCCACUCAAGAGGGGCUCAUGGAAAAUGACAAAAUGAUUGGAAGGUUUAUCCAGACUUGGCAGCAAGAAGGGGUCCAGUCUUUAGCCAUUUACACAGCAAAGCGUCCUUCAAAAGUACCAAUGAAAUCUGGUGUAGCAUGGCACACUAGACGACAACUUAUGUCUGCUGAAGAUCAAGAAAAUAAUGAAUAUCGGCCACUGAAUGUGACCAGUGAGGCCAAUGGCACAGAUACUCCAUGCAUCCUCUUUUAUGCCACUAAUUUCAGUCUUAUAGCCAAUGGUUCCGAGCUCAUAGAUCUGACAAAUUUAACAUUCCUGCAUCAGAAUGUGGAUUUCAGUCUAUCGAAUUGUUCAGACACUAAUACAAUAUUGUCAUUAAACUAUAUCAACCCAAAGAAUACCAGCCAACAUGUCAUCCAGAGCCUGAAAAUAAGUUUUCUGAUGACCAACAAGUUCUAUGAAGGUUCUGCUCGAAACUGGUUCACUCUAGAUUUUGUUCAUAUUCAACAAGAUGACAGGGAUGUUGCUAUAUUUAAUGUCACCGAUAUCUCUGCCCCUGCGGAGUACUCAUUCCAUUGCCAGCUGGUGGGAACCAAUGCCCUCGAUGGGGUCACGCUUAUUCAAGCCAGUGAUGAAGCUGCAAACUGGGAGGUUCUCAUUUCUGAGUUCCAAAUUCAAGCUUUCGGUGUCGAAAGCAAUGCAUUUUCCUAUGCAAGUGACUGUACAUCGUUCUUCACCCCUGGAAUUUGGAUGGGUUUGGUCACCUCAUUAGUUUUAUUACUGAUCCUCACCUAUGGAAUCCAUAUGAUUACAAAUCUCACGACCAACAGCAGAUUUGAUGACCCGAAAGGUCCAGCUCUUUCAGUACCUCAGACAGAAUAACCGCAACUGUGUAGUUCCUGUGACUGCAAACUGCUAUUCAAAACUAUUACUAUAAAAGAAAAACAUAGGUGAAGUUAAUAAAAUGCAUGAGUCAUGGGACCAGUGGAACAUUUUUUUUGAAAAUUAGAAGACAGUGAGCAGCAGUGAUAAUUCUGCCAGCUGUUACCUCUCUCUCUGUGUAAUAGCUGCCUAAAUGAAAGUCCUGAGGCAAAGCUGCAGCCACUCACAGUGGUUGCCAGUCAUUAAGGAGAUCACUAGAUUGUGCCAGCAGCUCUGUAAAUGGCAUUUUAAAGAGCUAUCACCAACGUAUUUUUCACAAGAAUUUGCUACAUACAGCCUUAUUUUAAAAACAAUGUACUCUACCUUGAGUCUGUCAUGGGAUGAUUACGUAUCACUACCCUGAAAGAUAAAUGUCUCAAUAACUUGUAAAUGCAGUUUUUAAAAAUUUUACU